AUGCUUUGGGGGUUUGACAUUGGAGUCAACUCAAUCACCGUUGCUUUGCCUGGAUUCAAGAUGGUUUUUGGCUACGAGUACGGAGACCAACUUCUAAUCUCAGCCACUUGGAAUGCUCUCUGGACAGCCAUGACGUCCCUCGGGAUGUUGAUUGGAAGCCUUGUAUCUGGUUGGAUCUCGGACCGUGGCGGUCGUCGAGUUGGAUUCGGAAUGGGCUCUGCGAUAUCUAUUCUCGGAGUUGGACUCGAAUAUGCUGCAAACGAGCCGGGAAUGCUUCUGGCUGGAAAAAUCAUCAACGGCAUAUCUCUUGGCUUCUUCCUUAGCCUGGGAGCUAUAUACGCAUCCGAGAUCGCACCCACCGCACUGCGUCCUUCCUUGACAGCCGCUGUCAAUCUGUUCGUCAAUGCUGGUCAACUCACUGCUAUUGGCGUUGGAAACACCCGCUUCACCAUAAUGACACCAGCAUCUUACAAGGUGAUCUUUGCUGCUCAGUGGGCAUUCCCAUGCUUCAUUGGGCUGUUUUCUUUCUUCAUGCCAGAGAGCCCGUGGUAUCUUUGCCGCAAAGGCAAAAUUGAACAGGCAAAGAAGAGCCUGCAACGACUUCAUCUGAAAUCAGCCAACACGGAUUUGAUUUUGGAGGACAUUCAAACUUCCAUUGCUGCCGAGACUUCUCUUGCGAAUAUCCAAAAGGAUACCUCGUAUUGGGAUUGCUUCCAGGGCACGGAUUGGCGCAGGACUCGCAUCUCGUGUGGAAUGUUUGCCGUGCAGCAGUUUACCGGUAUCGCAUUCUAUUCUCAAGCUUUAUACUUCCUUGGUAUCAUAGGUCUACCAACUGCUCUCACCUUCCAGUUGGCUCUUGGGGGAUUCGGUGUCGCCAUGCUCGGAAACAUUGUCUCGUGGUUUAUCAUGAAUUACAUUGGUCGUCGGCCACUUCUUCUGACCGGCAUUAUGUUAAACGCUCUGUGUCUGCUGUCGGUAGGUGUCGCCGGUUGUUUCACCACAACGGCUGCGAUGUACUACAUUGGUUACGUGAUGAAUUUUGCCCAACUAUUCUACUCUCCCACGGUAGGGGCCGUGAGUUGGACGAUCAGUGCCGAAGUCAGUUCUGUCAAAGCCCGAGCCAAAACGCAAAGUUUGGCAAUCGUGACAAAUGCUCUGGUUAGUUGGGCGAUGAACUUUGUCGCACCGUAUCUCAUCAACACCGACCAAGCCAAUCUUGGGGGAAAGGCAGCAUUCGUAUGGAUGGCUCUUUCGUUUGUGAGUUUGAUCUGGGCUUGGUUUGAGGUUCCAGAGCUAAGAAGUCGAACCUUUGGUGAGCUGGAUGAUUUGUUCGCUCAAAAGACUCCAACAAGGCAGUUUAAAAGGAUUGGGACCGAGCCCAUCUCAAGCUCAUCAAAUGCCUGA